AUGGAUCGGCACACUGCCAACGGGUCCCGGUUCAAAGCAGUCGACGUUCCGCUGAUCUCCACCCCUCCGCCGAUCGACGGAUUCGAUGGCCGCCGUCCCCGGCCGCCCGGCCACAUGCGCACAACGUCGGCUCAGUCCCGCAGCGUUGCCGACGAGUACGCCUCUCUCAGUCCAGCCGAGGUUGCCGCCCGCCUGCAGACAUCGCUGACCGGUGGCCUGACGCCGGCCGAGGGCGCCGCCCGUCUCCGCAAUGGCGCCAACGAGAUCCCCCACGAGGCUCCCGAACCGCUCUGGCUGCGCUUUCUCGGCCAGUUCAAGGAACCGCUCAUUCUGCUGCUGCUCGUCUCCGCUCUCGCUUCCGUUCUUGUCGGCAACACCAGCGACGCCCUCAGCAUCACUGUCGCCGUCACCAUUGUUGUCACCGUCGGCUUCGUCCAGGAAUACCGUUCUGAAAAGUCCAUCGAGGCCCUCAACCAUCUCGUGCCCGACCAUGCCCACCUCAUUCGCAACACCGCCUCGUCCAGCUCCAACAGCUCCGCCUCCGCCUCCGCCUCCCCCUCGCCCUCUACAGGCGGCGCCAAGGGCUCUGUCGACCCGGCCGACUUCUCCGACAUCGAGUCCCCGCCCGAAGACGUCCUCGAAGCCACAUCGCAAAAGGUGCUCGCCGCCUCACUCGUACCCGGUGAUCUCGUCUUGUUCAACACCGGCGACCGCAUUCCCGCCGACAUCCGCGUCACCAAGGCCGUUGACCUGACCAUUGACGCCUCCAACCUGACGGGCGAGAACGAACCUGUCCGGCUGACUGCCGAUGCCCGCCGCCGGUCUGUCCGGUCGCUCUCGCCCGGUCUCGGCCAGGCUCUCAGCAGCCUCUCGCUGCCCUCACCGCCGCCCUUUGGCAUCGACAAGGAUGCCUCGCACGGCCAGGAUGCCUCCAACAUCGCCUACAUGGGCACACUCGUCAAGUCGGGCCACGGCCAGGGCAUCGUCUUUGCUACCGGCGGAGACACCCAUUUUGGCACCAUCUCGCUCAGCGUGUCCGGCACUGAGAGCCCGCGCUCGCCGCUGCAGAUCUCCAUGGACGAGCUCGGCGCCCAACUCAGCAAGUUCUCCUUUGUCGUCAUCGGCCUCAUCUCUCUCAUCGGCUGGCUGCAGGGCAAGGACCUGCUCGAAAUCUUCACCAUCUCCGUCUCCCUGGCCGUGGCUGCCAUUCCCGAGGGUCUGCCCAUCAUUGUCACCGUCACCCUGGCGCUCGGCGUGCACCGCAUGGCCGGCCGGAAUGCCAUUGUGCGCAAGAUGCCCAAGGUCGAGACCCUCGGCUCCGUCAACGUCGUGUGCACCGACAAGACUGGCACCCUCACGAUGAACCACAUGACGGCCACGCAGAUGUGGUACUUUGGCCGCGACCGCCCGGUCGAGCUGCAAGCCGACGACGACUUUGCCGAGACCAAGCCGGACGCGGCCACGCUCCGAAUCCUGCGCAUCGGCAACAUUGCCAACAACGCGCGCGUGGCGCACAAAUACCGAGACGGUGGCAGCGCAGCCGCGCGGGCGGUGCUGUCGUCGACGCAGCGUCAAGACGAACCGGCUCCUUCGGUCAGCCGGUGGACCGGCCAGCCGACAGACGUGGCCAUGCUAGACCUGCUGGACCGGUUUCGCGAGGACGACGUGCGCGAGGCCAUCGGGCCACGCACGGCCGAGACGCCCUUCAGCUCCGAGCGCAAAUGGAUGGGCGUGACCAUUGGCACUGACAGCAACAGCAAGGAGUUUGCGUACAUCAAGGGCUCGCUGGACCGCGUGCUGGAGGCGUGCGACACGUAUGUGGCCGGUGAUGGGCGCGAGUUCGUCCUGGACAGCAAGCAGAAGCAGAAGGCGCGUGACGAGGCCGAGAAGCUGGCGUCACAGGGACUGCGGGUGCUCGCGUUUGCCAGCGGUGCCGUCAGUCGACCGAGCAAGAGACAGACCGGUGGCAGCACCGACGAGCCGUAUCGCGGACUGACGUUUGCCGGACUGGUCGGCAUGAGCGAUCCGCCGCGGCCAGGCGUCGGGCGGUCGAUCCGCAAGCUGAUGCAUGGUGGUGUGCGGGUGAUUAUGAUCACGGGCGACGCCGAGACGACGGCCGUGGCCAUUGGACGACAACUCGGCAUGGCUAUUGCCAAGUCGACUGAGCACACGGCCAGCCAGGUAGCCGUACGGCCGGUGUUGCGUGGCGAAGACGUCGAGGAGCUGUCGGAAGAGGACCUCGCGCAGGCGAUGCAGCAGACGACCGUUUUUGCGCGCACCAACCCCGACCACAAGAUGAAGAUCAUCCGGGCGCUGCAGGCGCGUGGCGACAUUGUAGCCAUGACCGGCGACGGGGUCAACGAUGCGCCGGCGCUCAAGAAGGCCGACAUUGGCAUCGCCAUGGGUCGUCACGGCACCGACGUGGCCAAGGAGGCCUCGGACAUGAUCCUGACCGACGACGACUUUUCCACCAUCCUGCACGCCAUCGAGGAGGGCAAGGGCAUCUUCAACAACAUCCAGAACUUCCUGACCUUCCAGCUGAGCACCAGCGCCGCGAGUCUGUCGCUGGUCCUGCUCUGCACCUGUUUCGGGUUCAAGUCGCCACUGAACGCGAUGCAGAUCCUGUGGAUUAACAUCAUAAUGGAUGGCCCGCCUGCCCAGUCGCUCGGCGUUGAGGCCGUCGACCGCGACGUCAUGAACCGGCCGCCGCGCAAGCGCAACGACGCGGUGCUGACUCGGGCGCUCAUCCGGCGCGUCGCCCAGUCGGCCAUCAUUAUCAUGCUCGGCACCGUGCUGGUGUACCGCCACGAGAUGCUCGAGGACGGCCUGGUGACGCGACGCGAUACCACGAUGACGUUCACGUGCUUUGUGCUCUUCGAUAUGUUCAACGCGCUGACGUGUCGGUCCGAGUCCAAAUCGGUGCUGCGCGGUGAAGUCGGCCUGUUCUCCAACGGGCUCUUCAACUGGGCCGUGUCGCUGAGUCUCGUCGGCCAGCUGCUCGUCAUCUACUUCCCCUGGCUGCAGGAGGUCUUCCAGACCGAGGCUCUGUAUCUGUCCGACCUGCUGAAGCUAGCCGUCCUGUGCAGCACCGUCUUCUGGGCCGACGAGUUCCGCAAGUGGUGGCGCUACGGCCGGAACAAGCGCUUCGGCAGCAGCAGCGGAUACAGUAUGAGUGUAUAG